UCGAACUCGUCCGAAUCCAAGGGGGUCACCUAGUCACUUUUCAGUUUCAGUUCCAGUUUCAAAGUCGACGGAGCCCGGAAAACAAAAAAAAAAACACUUUCGAGUUGCAUCAAGAUUUCGAGUAUUUUUGCUGUUUUUGCAGUUGCCAUUUGAUUGGCGACACACCCACAGCAGCAGCAAUGUCCCAGGAAAAGGAAACGACGACUCCUGUUACCGGAAUGGAUGAAGUGUCCCAAAAAUCAGAGCAGAUAGCCAUUGUGCCAAACUAUGAAAUAUGCGUAAAAGAAGACACAGUGUCUACUACGAAUGUAAAGGACACUACUGUCCGCUUCCAGGAUGGAGUGCCUCCUGCUACUGUGGAUGCAGGAUUCCAGGCAAUAGACACUUCCGCUGCCGCAGGGGCAACUUCCCAGAAGAUAAACACUGCAUCAACUUUGAAUGAAAUAGCUCAAAAUAUUCCUGAUCCUCCUUCGAUUGACAUGCCACAAACAUCCAAGGAUGAGAGCGCUGCUCCAAGUGCUGCCAAGUCUAUAGAUUCCACUAAAGCCAACUUGGAUGAGCAGCCCAGCACUUCAUCAACGGUGGUGCUGGUGGAGCAGCCAAACACAAUCAUCGAGCUGGUGGAUCUUUAUGUGCCGCCUGGUUCGCAGGCGCCCAGCAAGGGUAGCUUCAUGAACAACCGCAUUAGCCGUCCGUUCUUCCCCAUACCCAUGGCCAAGUCCCCGGAAACCGCCGUGGAGUCCACACCCAAGCCGGCGACCAAGGGCCGUAGGCGUGGCCGGAAGCCAGGUCCACCCAAACCGCGGGCCGCCAAGCGUCGUCGCGUGGAGACGCCACCGCCACUGCCGCCGCCACCGAACUUCCUGGCGCACUGCAUCAAUCCGCUGGAGCAUGAGAUAUAUCCCAAGGUCAUUGUCCAGCCGGCCCACCAGCCCUGGGUGCUGCCCAAGCACACUCCGCCUGAUGCAGCUCCUCCUAAGCAGCCGCUGCUGCCAUCUUCCAACGUGGCAAUGAUUCCCGUCAGCGGUGCAGUAACCACUUCCACCACACAAUCCCGGCCCGUGGUGGUAAGCGCCCAUCUUCGCGAGAAACUGCGUCUCUUUGGCCCGGAUGUGACCAUUUCGCUCAUCCACGACCAGGUGUCGCCGCACUUCAAGGCGGUGCGGCAGGAGCCCGAUGGCAAUCAGCGGCAAUUGGUGUUCACUGCCGCACAGCUGCUCUCCUUCAGUGCCGCCCACUAUGGCAAUUGGCCCCAGAUGGUGCCCAUUCAGAUGAUGAUGAUGAAGCCCUCGCCGGCCAUGCUGUCCCACUACUUUCCCGGACCCAUGGGUCAAUUACUGGUCAAACAACUGUUUCCCAAUCAGCAGCCGCUCUACCAGCCGCCACCAUUGCCCUUCAAGCCGCCCACCGUCACGCCGCCAAAGGGCGUCAAAUUGAUUCCAAGGCCCAAUCCCACCUAUGUGCAUCCGGGCAGGUCGCAGGUAUCCAAGUUCUUUGCAGCUCCUGCUCCGCCACCAGUUGUGCCUGCUCCUGCUCCGCCACCAGUUGUGCCUGCUCCAGCUCCUGUUCGUCCUCCAGCUGUGCGUGUUCCUCCUCCAGCUGUGCGUGUUCCUGCUCCUCCUCCAGCUGUGUCUGCUCCAGCUGUUGCUCCUCCUCCAGCUGUUGCUCCUCUUCCAGCUUUUGCUCCUUCAGCUUUUGCUCCUCCUCCAGCUGUUGCUCCUCCUCCAGCUGUUGCUCCUCCUUCAGCUGUUGCUCCUCCUCCAGCUGUUGCUCCAGCUCCAGCUGCUGCUCCAGCUCCAGCUCCAACUUUCGCUCCUCCAGUUGCCCCUACUCCUUCGGCACCCCCAGUGAAGCGGGCGCCAGUCAUCAUUGUGCCCUCGAUCCUCCGGCACGCGUCCCAGGUGAAGCUGCGCCAGGCUUUGGAGGCCAAGAGGGCCAAGGCCAUGAAGGAGGCGGAGGAGGCAGAAAGGGCCAAGUUAAAGGAGCAGGACAAGCCAAAGGAUAUGAAGGAUUUGGACUAGUCAAACCAAGAAAAUUAACAAAAAUUAGCAAAACAUACACUUACAUAUCUAGCACAUGCUAGAAAAUAAUGAAAUUAACCAAAUGAAUUCCAAGUAAGUCUGAACAAUGAAAAGCAUGAUAUGAAUGAUGCGGACAACUCAGCGCCAUAAAAUGCAAUGUGAAACACACAUGAAACUGCAAAAACACAAUAACACAAGUGAAAGCAGAAGCAGAAGCAAAUUAUACAAAUGUGAUUCAAAUAGGGCAUUCAUUCCAAUGCAAACAUUUUGACGAAACCGAAAAUUCCGUAUGAAGAAUAGUGAGUGUGAUCCCAUGGACUCGUCAAACAGAAAUUGUCAUGCUAAUUGGCUUCGAAAGGGCCAACAAAUAAAACGCUUUGCUUUCGCGGUCUGUUGUAA